AUGCCUCAAGUGCCCUCCGUCUCGCCUGCGACUGGGCACCCCGUUCCUCCCCACUUCAUUCACACGACCGACAGCCAAUUCGUCGACAACGCUGGCCGUACUUUGUUACUUCGCGGUGUUAACCUAUCUGGUGCAGACAAGGCACCUCUGAAUAAACCAUCUGAAUUAAGGGAUGAUUUCUGGGAGUGCGGCGAGGAAGGCCGGGGUAGCUUCGUGGGUAGACCCCUCAACCUUGAUGAUGGUUCCGCGGAUGUGCACCUCGCUCGAUUAAGAGGAUGGGGUUUCAAUAUGCUGAGAUAUGUUGUGACAUGGGAGUCUCUAGAACAUGCUGGACCCGGACAGUAUGAUGAUGAGUUCAUGGAUUAUGUUGUGCGCGUCCUGCGCAAGUGUAAAGAGUAUGAUUUUAAGGUCUAUAUGGACCCCCAUCAAGACAUCUGGUCUCGAUUCUCUGGAGGUUCUGGAGCUCCAUACUGGACGCUGCCUGCAUGCGGAUUUGAGCCGCGCAAUUUUACUGCUACUCAAGCAGCUAUUAUCCAUUGCGAAUAUCCUACAGCCUCGGCCUCAGACCCUUCCAAAUUACCUGCCAUGAUUUGGAGUACGAACUACGGCCGGCUUGCCUCCCAGACACUUUUCACGCUUUUCUUCGCUGGUCGAAAGUUUGCGCCGAAGUGUAUCAUCGAUGGUCAAAAUAUUCAGGAUUAUCUCCAAUCACACUAUAUUGCUGCGUUUGGUGCACUUGCCGAUCGUAUCCGUGACGCCGGAGACUUGCUGGACGAGUGUGUAAUUGGAUGGGAUAGCAUGAAUGAGCCCUUUGCAGGGUUCUGUGGGUAUGAAGACCUCAAUACUGUUCCUACGAAACAAACGUCUACCUUCAAGAAGGGUACCUUCCCCUCACCCGUGCAGUCCUUCCGGCUUGGAAUGGGCCAAGCGCAGACAGUCGAUAGCUGGAAGUUCGGGUCAAUGGGUCCUCAGCAUGAUGGUCAGGUCACGGUUGAUCCACAGGGUGUCAGAGUGUGGACGGAUCCUCGAGCCGAAAUCGAUGGCGUGCAUCCACGCUGGGGGUGGCGUCGUGAUCCCGGCUGGGAGCUAGGGACGUGUAUCUGGGCAUUGCACGACGUGUGGGAUGUCGAGACUGGCGGGGUUCUGGUACCUGACUACUUCAAAGCUCCGUCGUCGACUGACGGAUCUCCUCGGAACGCAUAUUUCAUUGAGACGCACUGGCUGGCACAUUGGAAGAAAUUCGCUGCACGAAUACGACAAUCACAUCCGGAGUCGAUCAUGUUCAUCGCACCACCUGUGUUUGACGAACCACCACCUAUCCCCGAUAAACACCUCCAGGGACGUUGCUGUUAUUCUGCCCAUUAUUAUGAUGGGCUCACACUCGUCACCCGUCAUUGGAGUUGGUUCAACGCUGACGCGCUUGGAUUGUUGAGGGGAAAAUAUUCCUCGACGCUUCCUGCCGUCAAGAUUGGUGAGAGCGCCAUUAGGAAGUCACUUCAGCAGCAGUUGGGUAUGUUCAAGGAGGAUGCACCUAUCUUAGGCUCGUACCCAACUAUUAUCGGGGAGAUCGGCAUUCCAUAUGAUAUGGACGGGAGGAAGGCUUACGGAUACACAGACGAUGGCAAAUACAAGGGUGACUAUUCAAGCCAGCAGAAGGCAUUAGACGCAAGCCUCAAUGCGGCGGACGGGCCAAAUGCGCUGAAUUACACUAUCUGGAACUACUGCCCUGAUAACUCACAUCGAUGGGGAGAUGGAUGGAAUCUGGAGGACCUCAGCAUUUGGAGUCCCGACGACCUGCGGUCGACCAGUAAAUACAAAAUGGAGAUGAGUGACGCAUCUAGUGCGAUGUUGCUGAAUAACUCCACGGUUGAUCGGGCUGCGGCAGCAUCGACGUUAUCGAUCAAUACUCUGACGGUCGAUACUGAAGCAAUAGUCGACGAGACUGUCAAGGCCAGCACAGACAUCACUUCGUUCUCUAGGUGGGAGAACAGCUACGACUUUUUGACUGAUGGUACUCGGGCUGCCAAAGCGUUUUCUCGACCAUUCCCUGUUGCGACGGUUGGCGUUCCCAAGGACAUCCAGUUCAACAUUGCGAAGGCGGAGUUCAAGUACACCGUCCGUGUGCGGGCAGAAGAUGCGCCUCAGUCUGCACGGCUCUGCACGUCGAGUGCAGACGUAGAGCCACAAGAGCUUCCCACCGAGAUUUUUGUCCCCAUUGUACACUACGCGGCCGACAAGCUCCUCACGCGCUUUGCGGAAGAACAGCAGUGCGAAACUCCUUCGACCCUCACACCAGACGAGUUGUUCUUCAAGCAGCCGAACGUGGAUAUGCCACGCGAAGACCCCUUUGCGCCGAGCCUUCUUCGAGCUGCUUCUGUCAAACUUUUGGAGUCUUUGCCGUUGGCACUCAACGUCACCGUGUCGGGAGGCCGAUGGGCAGUGGACGGACAAACGUUGCGGUGGUGGUAUCCCGUACCAGCUCCCGGCGAGCCGGAGCGCGAGUACACUAUCACUAUUAAACGGGAUGGUGGGGCUAUCAAAACGGCGGAAGAAGAACUUGCCCACGCCGGGGUAUGGGAGCAAUGGUGCGCUUGCGUCCGCGAUUGCUGUCUGGUUAUGUGA